ACGUGAAAUGGGAAAAAAGUUAAAUAUGUAUGAGUGCGGGUAAAUAUAUAAAUCGGUAUAUAGCGUUUAUAUAAAAUAGAUGGAGAGAGAGCGUUGCUGCGCUGGGCUCAGUCGCGCGCGAUCCUGGCGCGGUGUGCCCGCGCUCCGCUCCGCUCCGGUACCCCGCAUGUCUUUUUGGCGCGAUCAUUUAUCGCGAAACCUCAUAGUGAAUAAAAUAUUUUUUUUUAUAAAGACUUUAUGUACUUUGAUCUAUUUAUGUAAGAACGGUGAUAAUGUGACUCAAUUUCAGACACUUUGAACAUUAAUCUGAAAGUUUUUUGAACUUGAUUUUACCAACAUGGUGGCGAUUGUUGUAAUGACCAUUUUAGGGUUGUUACUCGGCCCCCAGCCCGCCUGCUCUGGCGACCCCCCCGCCUCACCACCCCUCGGAAAACGGUGUAGGUGGGUGGAGGGUGGCACACUUCAUCGAUGGGGGGACACAUAUGUUCCGAAUCUUCUCAGUCGGCCCGUUUGGACUAUGACGCGUCGUGGCAAGACCACCAACGCGUCGUGUCAACAUAUCAACGGCACGAGGCACAACAAAUUGGCGUCAAAUAUAAUAAACACAAGUUCUCCCGUUAACGUCAGCGAAGACGUAUCAGCUGGAGUGGGUCUCAUCAAACUCACAACGCCGAAAAGAGGUUUUGUGUGCGAGACGCCAUUAUUAUGCAGGGAAAUUCAAUCAAGAGACAGGACCCACUACCUUUACCAGUUUCACAAUUCGAAAACAAGUGGAAUAAUGGGAUGUAACACAGUAAAAGAUUUCAAAGGAUUUCAUAAUAUGGUUAUGUGGUGCUCAUUAGGCAAGAAAACAGGGGCACGCUUCAAACGAAAGCGCUUAAAGCGCUCAGCGGACACUCGGCCGGAGUUGGUGUACACAUUCAUCGAACAAGCUGUGCAGCCCGGGGCGCAGGUGGCGCUGAAGUGCUCCGCGGUGGGGGACCCGCCCCCUAGAUUCCGAUGGACGCUUGACGGACAAUCCAUCCCAACACAUCACGGUGCAAUGGUGACAGAAGGCCGGGAGAGUGGGCCUACAGGUCUAGGUUCCAGCAACAACUAUGUGCUGUCGACUCUGUCGCUCAGCGGGGCUCGGGUCGAGCACGGAGGCCGGUACGAGUGCCGAGCUACCAACUCCCACGGCAGCGUGGCUCAUGCGGCAAGACUCAACGUUUAUGGUUCCCCGUACAUCCGCGCCAUGAAUCUCGUAAAAGCCGUGGCGGGAUCUGAUGUCACAAUCUGGUGUCCUUAUUAUGGAUUUCCAAUAAAGUCUGUGAAAUGGGAAGGCGGCGCGGGCGCAGACCCCCGGUACCAGCAGCUGGACGGCCAGCUGACCAUCAGCAACGUGGACCGCGACCGUGACCGGGGCGCCUGGACCUGCUCCGUGCUCACUCCCGGAGGGGAACUGGCCAAACGAGAGGUCCAAGUAAGCGUGGUGUCUCCCCCCGUCAUAUCCCCUCUGGUAUUUCCCCCUGGACUAAGGGCGGGUGAUCGCGCGCAGCUCACAUGCAGUGUGACCUCUGGAGACAUGCCGGUCUACUUCUCCUGGCUAAAAGACCAGAUGCCUAUCUCAAGUAUAUUACAGGUAGACGAGAGAGGGGCGGAAUUCUAUAGCAUGUUGAUAUUCAAAAGCCUGACGGCUGCGCACAGCGGUGUAUACACCUGCGUGGUUACCAACACUGCGGGCAAAGCCAACACUUCAGCCGAAUUAGCUAUUAAAGUGCCUCCGUAUUGGCAAAUCGAGCCGUCUGACGCGGCUGUGCUGCUAAAUGGUUCGCUGACGGUGAGCUGUGAAGCGCGAGGACAUCCGACGCCUGCUAUUUACUGGACUAAAUUUUCGGGUUCAGCAGAGACAACCCAACUUGGUGGGGUUUCGGACCCAGUGGUUCUGAGCAACGGGUCGCUGCGGCUUGAAGCGGCCCGGGCGGAACAUUCUGGAAAAUACCGGUGUCGAGCGGAUAACGGAGUGGCACCUGCGCUGUCGAAGACGCUCACUAUACAUGUUAAUGAACCAGCACGUUUCGAGACGCCAUCAGCUAACGUGACAGCGAAGUUAGGGGAGACCAUCCGUCUGGUGUGUGUGGCGAGGGGGGACAGCCCGCUGUCCACCGCGUGGUCCCACUCGGGCAGGGCCCUACCGAACUCCGAUUAUAGAAUGAGCAUAUCAGAGACGCGAAGUGCGGAGGGCCUGCGCAGUGAGCUGAUGAUAGAGAGGGCUGACAGGAGGGACUCCGGGGUGUACCGCUGCCAAGCCUCCAAUCCCUUCGGGAGGUCCGACCAUUUUGUACAUCUUGCUGUGCAAGAACCCCCUGAACCGCCAUCAAACUUCCGCGUGGUGGAGACCACCUCACGGUCGGUCCGCCUCCAAUGGCGGCGGCCAUAUGACGGCAACUCCCCUGUAUUGGGCUACGUCCUACAGUACCGGCGACAUGAUGCCAGUGGCGCAGAUUCCUGGAGAGACGCUGACACACAUAAUGUGUCGGUUUCCGCAUAUCCUAUGGAAUCAUACAAUACAGAGACGGAAGAAGCAACGAUAUCGAGUUUAGAACCAGCUACAGCAUACCUAGUACGAGCCAGGACGGUGACAGCCCAGUUUGCAUCAGUCCACACGAGAGCAUUACUUGCCCUGACGCUUCAUGAACCACCAGCAAGGGCGCCUAUAAGCCUGAGGGCUUCUGCUCCUCGACCAUCCACGAUAGAGCUGGCCUGGCAGGCACCUCCGUCAUCAUCAUGGAACGGCGAAUUGCUAGGCUACACCGUCUGGUGGUGGCCGUCCGCUGACGGCUCCCUCUCCGGUGGCGCUAAUGUGGGCAUGGAGUUUGCUACUGUCAGGGGACUGAUCAACAAGUAUACGAUAGAAGGAUUGGAACAUUAUACAAGGUACUCAGUGAGUGUGAGAGCGUUCAACAGCGCAGGCGCUGGUCCUGCAACGUCACCUGUCAAUACUUUGACGCAAGAGAGUGUACCAUUGGAGGGCCCACGCGCAGUGCGAUGCCGCGCAGUGUCACCACAGAGUAUGAAGGUGGAGUGGUCCCCGCCGCCGGCGCACGCGCACCACGGUGCGCUGCUCGGCUACAAACUGCUGUACCGCCCCCAACAUACGACAGAUUGGCUGGAAUGGGAAGUGCGAGGCGGUGGUAGUACAGGCACAGGGCUUGGUGCUGAAGUGAAGCGUGUAGCGGGCGUCGAGACACUACUGCUUGCACUUAGACCACACACCAAUUACACAGUGCAAGCCCUCGCGUACACUGCCGCAGGCGAUGGAGUACCCGCUCAUUCUAUACAUUGUACCACACAACAGGACGUCCCGGGUCCACCUGCAGCGGUAAAGGUGGUAGCAACAUCUGUAACUUCACUAGCUGUAAGCUGGCUGCCCCCAAGUAGAGCAAAUGGACCAAUCUUAUAUUAUACCAUAUUUUAUAGAGAAUUGGGAAGGGAGAGACCACCACAAACAACUACCGUACAAGCUGAGAACGGAGAUGCUUUAGUGGGUCUUGGAGGGUCAACUGAAUUAAGGUCCCUGUCUGAAGGAGCUACAUAUGAAGCUUGGGUCGCAGCCCACUCAGCGGCUGGCGAAGGAGAACCGUCGGCUCCACAGCCUGCCACCACAACACCAAGGGCAGGAGCAAGGCUUCUCUCAUUUGGCGUGUGGACUCGAGUACGGUGUGGCCAUUCACUACGGCUAGCCUGUGUUUCUCGGGGGGAACCAGCACCUAGGUCCCGUUGGUUAAGAGGAGACAGAGCGGUGACCCACGACCCUAGGACACAUCUUACUCCUCAUGGUCAUCUCGCAAUUUAUGAAGUUGAUGCGUCAACGAGCGGUAACUACACAUGUUCAGCGCGCAACGCAUUUGGUUCAGAAGAAGUAACGUACCGCGUAGAGUGCGCCGCUCCGCCAUCCGCGCCCGCUCUCAACUUAGACCACGCUUCACAUAAAGAAGCGAAGUUGACGUGGCGGAUCACACACCAUCCUGCCGCGCCGCCACACGGUUUCACAAUCUGGUGGGUCCGUGUAAGAGAUGACUCCGGCGAAGGCAUAGAGCCGGCCAGUACGAGAGGAGAGGAAGAAAGAAGACUAGAGGCUGGUGGGGAGGCAGCUAGCGUAGUCCUUAGGGCUUUGUCCUGUGGCGUGACCUACUCUGUGAGGGCAGUCGCCCAUUCGAGAGCUGGGCCUUCGCCGCCCUCUGUCCCAUUGUUAGUUAGAACCAAACCACCAGUGUUAGUAUGGGAAGGUGGAGGGGAGCCGGAUAACCAAGAAGAAGGUGCAGAAGCAGCAGUGUGGAGCAACAGCAGUGCAUUGGCAGUGGAUGCUCGCCGAGCAGUGCGGUGCGGCGCUCGGCUCGUCAGGCUGCAGUGGAGGCGAGCUGACGCGGGCGGCGCCGCUACUUGGAGAGAAGCUGACCUGACUUCACUGCAUCAUCAUCGAGAAGUGGUUAUUAGCGGACUAACUGCGGGUGCGUGGUACAGUCUUCGUUUAUGGACCGCCACAGAAUCUAGUCGGCACCAAGCUAUACUGUACGCAGCCACUACCACGCAUUCAGGUGAGCGUCUCCGUAGACCUGUGGCUUUCCAAUCAGAAGGUGGGCAAGUGAUAACUACUGGCAAUACAUCUGACGAUGAACACGUGCUAGGAGCAGUUUCAGUGGCUUUCGCUGCGCUGGCGGCUUUGGCUGUUACAGCUCUCCUUCUGGUCUUACUUGCUAAAAGGAGUACACUGUUCCCGUGCAGUGGACCUCCGGAUGACGAGACCCGUCGGUGUAGUCACUCGGCAGCCAGCACCGACAAGUCCGUGUGUCCGGAGCAGCAGAACAUGAGAAAUUGUCAGCACGACUACAAACAUGACAAGUUAUCACCCGCUUCUGAUGUAUAUGAAAUAAGUCCAUACGCGACUUUCGCCGUGGGAGGCGAGACAACCGCUGCUACCUUGGACCACACGCUGCAAUUUAGAACAUUUGGCCAUCGCGACAACGACGCACCACCACACCGGCCAUGUAGGAAACAUCCUCAAAGACAUCGUGAUAGGGCUGAUGUGGAGAAGCAUCAUUCCGAUUGUGAACUCCAGCAACUAAGCCGAUAUGAGAAGGUGCGGCCGCGACACUGCGCCGGAACUUCUUACUGCGUCCCUCUCGCGCAUCACGGUGGCGGCAGCGGGGGCGGGGGAGGUAGUGCGGGCGGUUUCUCCGAGGUGUACGCGGGGGACUCCAGCGCAGAGUCCGGCCCUGGGUCGCUGUCCCCGCGUACCCACCACGAACACAGCUAGCGCCGUGCAACCCGUGCACAAACUUGAAUAUCGAACGCGUUUUAUAGAAAAUAAAAAUGUCGACAAACCUGAGUGCAGCCCUGCUUCAUUUAAAAACUCGACUUACACAACCAUGUAUUGAAUCGUGAAAUCAUUCCAUAUUGUAAUUUUUCAAUUGUUUUUCUCGUAUUCAAUCAUAAGUUUUGACUAGGUUUUUUUCUAAGGCCAUAUUAUUGUCGAUCGAGAUAUUAAUUAGGUUCUCUCAAUAAGUGGAUCCGACGCAGUGUUUCGUAAAAUUGUGUCAAAGAUGAUGUGCCAAUGCUUUAUAUUAAAAAUUUUCAUAAAAAAAUUAACGAAACAAUACUUACCUAAACCUACAAGAUAUAUGAGAUUAUUUAUAAUUUCGUUUAAAAUUAAAAUAACGAAAAAAUAUAAAAACCUGAGAGAACAUAAGAACGAAUAGAAGGGAACAAAUUGUAUGGUAAGUGGAACGGAAAAUAAAUUAAAACAUAAUUAAAAUGUAAGGGAACAUAAUUAGAUUCCUUUUGAUACCGGCCUAAGGCUAUAAACGACAUUGAUACGAAUCCCAAGUCGAUAAAAAUUUUAUCGGACUAAUUUAUUGGAAUUCUCUGCCAAAUUUGCUCUUUGUUGAAAUUUGAUCUUUUAUUAGGUAUUAUACUGGUAAGUUAAAAUAAUAUGCAGUGCUGAAAGUAGGUAUGAUUUCUUUAGGCAAAUAAUAUGCUCUGUUUUUGUAAUAUUUCUUUAUCUAUGCCUAUACGUUUAUGUGAAUUCGCAACGAUUUAAUAUAUGAUGAAUUAAUUAAAACUUAUGUCUGCAUACUCUACCUAACUCAGAUUAGGUACUCUGCCAAAAUACUCUGCCAAAAACUCACUGACUUUGAUGCUAUUGAUAGAAACAAAAUAGUUACGUACUAAUACCUUACUUCGUACUUUUCAAAUAUAUUAAGUAGUGAGUUUUUUACCAUACCGCAUAUAAAAUUUCAUACCCAUUACGUAAUUUGUGAUGUUGGUUCAUGGUAUUGUUCUUGAAUAAAAUUUAGUAUUUUACACUGCCAUACCAUACGAAAUAAAAUAAGUUUUUAGUCAUCUUGAUAUCUUUUUUCUACAGUAACUUUAACAAAUUAAUACACUCUACUAUUAUAAUAUUUAAGUAAAUAUUAUAAUAUAAUAUUUAAGUAAAUAUUAUAAUAUAUUUUUUGUUUUAAUUUAAUAGACCUACUUCUGAAAAUUCGAAGCUUUGGAAAUUGUACAUUAUGUUCUCAGUACAUAAAUGUUCUUAGUUUGUUUCUAGACCACACGGAGACCCGAGUAUAUAACUGCUCGUUUUCACAAACACAGAGGUACAAAAGGUACUUAUGUAGGUACUAUGAAUAAUGUUUGUAAAACUUUCCCGCUUUGAACACAUAACAACAUACAUAAAUUAACUUACUAAUUGUAUUAUAUUGAAACGUCAGCAACAUUAAAUUAAAAAAGGUUCGUACUAAGUCUCUUUAAUUUAAUAUCUGUAGUUAUGUGUACCUAUGAGUGUGGAUCAAAAAGAAACUUCACAUAAUAAUGUAGAUAAAUUCAGAAAGGAUCAUAUAAAAUCUGGACAAUGUUUUGUUUUUAUGUCUCACUAAAUAGUUGUUAGUUAGUCACGUUCAUGUCAAAAUUGAAAGAUCUACGUAGUUAAUGUUGUAAAUAGAAGUUAUUCUAGUCAGACUGAUAUAUAAUAUCUACUUUAAUUCGGAGCUUACAUUUUGUAAAUAAAUGUAGAUAUCAAACUUAGUCAAUUUUUAUUGAAUGUUUUAUGACAAUAUGAUUGUAAUUUGUAAAUAAUAAGUUAUGAUAUCCAUGUGAGAAACUGGUUAUAAAAUAUAUAUAUUU